CAGCUAGAACUGAUCGAAGUGGUUAUGUUCUGUAAGGCAGUCUACUCAGAGGCUAGCAUAAACACAGAUGCUUAUACAUAGACUGCUAAUGAAUCCCUUGAAGCCCAUGUUUAUUGAAAGGUUGGAGGGAGAGAAAGGAGAAGACAGAUGAAGGAGUGUUGGUAGUUUGAGAGAGAAUGUGGAAGCUUAAAGGACAGCACCGAGCUCAGGAUGCCAGGAUGCACGGGACAGAGGGAGCCUACAUACGUUGUUCAUGUUUCUCCCUCUUUUAGCUUCUUGUUAUGGACAUUGUGUCUAAUUGGAAAUUUGACAAUUCUAAGAAUCAGUUAAACAGUGCAAUUCUGAGACUUGGGUUCUAAGAAGGAGUGACAAUAGCUUUUUUUCAUGCAGCAGUGAAAAGAAGAGGGAAGUGGCUGUGUUGUGAUAAUGGUGUGUUAGUAUAAAAGUGUGAUGAGGAACUGUGAAGUAAGCAAGACAUGGGAUGAGCGUAAACUGGGCUUAGGCAUUUGUGAAUUUCUCUGACAGUGAUUCUCCUGUUUCAACUGAAACACUGGGGGUUUGGUCAAGAAAACGAAACAGGAUCAGCACAGAACGUGAGAGACCAUGGACGCAGAAAAAUUGACUGAGGUGGAGAUGAAAGAGCUUACUUCAGCAGAAGUACAAGAUGAUAAGGAUGCAGAGAAAGACAAAAUGGGAGGAACAAAAGCUGAGAAAGGGGCAGAAGAAGAAGAAAAAAAAGAAAAAGAAAUAAAAGAAGCAGCUAAUGUGUACCACGAACUGAAGAAGCCAACAGAAGAUGUUUAUAAUCCUUCAAUGCCUACUUCCAGUUCCAAACACGAUGAAGAAACCGAGAAAAAGGCAGAAGAAAAAGAAAAAAAAGAAAAAGAAUCCAAAGAAGAAGGUAAUGUGUACUGCAAACUGAAGAAUCCAACGGAAGAUACUUAUAAUACUGGAAUGCCUACUCCCAAUCCCAAACGCAAUGAAGCUGAGAAAGUGAAAGAAAUAGAAAAAGAAGAAGAAGACGAAGAAGACGAAGAAACUAAUUUGUACUGCAAACUGAAGAAUCCAUCAGAAAAUGUUUAUAUGUCUACGAUGACCAGUUCCACUCCAAAACACAAUAAAGAUAUUUACAAGAGGAUUUCCGCUGUUUUCAUCAUUCUCUCUGUGCUCUUACUGGCUGUGGUUUUGGCUCUGGCUAUGAAGUUAAAUGAAGGUCAGUCCAUCCAGAAGUGUCCAGAGAGACCUGAAGCUGAAGAACCUGAAGUUAAACAACAGAACUGUACCCGCGAGCUAUGUGAGGACCUGUACCCCUCAACGAACCCUGGGUAUCAGUGCUCUGAGUGUGGGAAGGGCUGGGUGAGGUUUGACAACUCCUGCUUCUUCAUAUCUAAGGAGCGUCUAAGCUGGCAGGAGAGCAGGAAGACAUGUCAGAAACAGGGUGGAGACCUGGUUGUCAUCAGAAAUGAAUAUGUGCAGAAAACUCUAACUAAGUAUUGGGGCAUGCUGUACUGGAUCGGGCUCCGUUAUUCAGAAAAGCAGCGGUGGAUGUGGGUUAACAAUACUGCACUAACCAAGAGCUACUGGGCCCAAGGCCAGCCAGAGUCAGACUCUCAAGGCUCCUGUGCACUGCUAAGAGGACGGGGGUCACCCACAAACAACUGGCAUUCAAACCCCUGUGUGGUGUCCUCAAAUUACAUCUGCCAGAGAGGUUAAAAGUGGAGAAUGAUCAACCAUCACCAUCACAUACAUCUGCUACAUUUGCCUUUAAUAUCAUCAUUUUACUCUUUUAGUUAACUUUCACAAAUGCAGUUCAUAAAUAUUAACAAAUACAGAAUCAGGACAUGAAACAAUCCUGCUCUGUGAUGCACAAUCAAGUAGACAUGCUAUGUAUUUUUCAAGAUAGAAAAAUGAAACAUGCUAAGUGUAUUCAUUCGAAGUGACUCUCUGCUUAUUUUACCUGUAAAUUGCAAUGCUUUUAAUUGCACUGAUACAAAAUUACUUUGCACUUUUCUAUAAAACCUUAUUUGCACUAAAAAGUUUGCAGAAUGUCUUAUAAAACUAAAUAUAUACCUAUGUAGCUGCCUUUAAAAUAAGUAGCAAGAUGUUGUUUUUACAGUGAUUCAAAUUAAAAUAUAAUAAAAUUUGAUUUUUCACUCAAUAAAAUGAUGAAAUGA